GCCCAAACAAACAAAACUGUAUCGGCCCAUUUCAACUGGUUCGUCUUCCACGUGCUCUUGUCUUGGGGUUCAAAAUUCAAAGCUAACUCAAAACCUCUAUCGGUCUCACUGUCCACUGAUCAGCUGAAACCACCACCAGUUAUGGCGAUCGACACCGUGCCGCCGCUCAUCAAUGCCCAGAUUAACUAUCUCCUCAGCAACUGUCCUUUCCCUGUCAAGGUGGAGCAAAUUUGGUCCGGCUGCAAAAACCCUAGCUUGCUCGAUCGAUUUACUUUGGUCAUCCCGUUUUGUCUGGACUAUAUCAGAUGGGAUGUUAUAUACAAUGCAAUGUAUCCUCUGGCGGCUCCGGAUGUAAUAUUUGGACCCGAAGAUGAAAGUUUCCAGCCAUAUUCUGGUGGCACUGGAAAAUCCUCUCAUAAUAGUUUGGCUGAUUGGAACAGCAAGGAUCCAUCUCGGUUGUUGUCUCUUAUUGUCGAGCUUAGUAUUGAGGGAAUGGAAAUGUAUUUGAGUUCAGGCACUGACAAGCCUGAAGAGGUUAGAUUUGCGAUUCCAUUGCUGGACCAGGAUUUAUAUAAAUUAGUUGCUGGAUCCACAUGGAGACAUCCACAAAAGAUUUACUUACAGAUUGUGUUCCCGGUUGGUAAAAAGUAUUCCACUGCUCCACCCGCACGUCCGAAGUUGAUUUCUACUGCAGAGUUGAAAGCUUUAUUUUCUAUUGAAGAUUUUAGACUUCCUCCUUGGUCAGAUGGGAUGUGUAUAGCUGAGUAUCUUCCAAUUUUGGAGGAGAUGCUAGGAUCACAGAUGAAAGAUGCAGUCACAUCAGUUGAAACAAGAAGGAAGUUUAUCUCAGCAUUGGCACCUCUCUUUGGAAGACCAAUAGAAGCUGAUCCGGUAUAUUGUAGGAGGGCGACCUUCCUGGCUUCUUCUGGGGUAUUCAAUUUUCUGGUCCACUUUUCCAUCUCGCUUCAGUUCCCAAAACAGCAACCAGCUUUAAUGCUUCAGAGUUCCCAGCACUUUAAUUCCCAGGGCAUUCCUGUCAAAUCACCUAGCAUAACCGAGUAUCCAUGGAGUCCCAGGUGGGGACCAUCACAAAUGGCCGAGCGGCUUUUUGACUUCCUUGCGGACGAGUCGUUAAACUUCAAGAAGUACUGCAAUCAGUUAAACCAGCAAUAAGGGCUUUUGCUUUGGCAGCAGGUUUAUCGUCUAUCCUGCAAAGUCAUGCUCUGUUUUGGGUGUUUAGGGUUACCCUGUAUUAUAUUGCAAUUGGCAUCUUCUGUUUUUCGACCAAGUUAGUUUUGUUUUCUGAAUGUAAAGUCGGAACAAAUCGUGCCGUUGAUGUGUAGGCGUGACGUGCACUUGGUUUUUGUAUCGUGUAUUAUUGGAGAAUUAUACUAACUUUGACCUGGUUUUGCUAAUGCACUGUCACAUGAAAGUAGAAUGGGAAAAGUAGGAUUGUGAGCUGCCUCUUCAUGACCAUUUGGAUGUUUGCAGGAAAAAAAAAAUCUUCUUUGGGGAAUAAAUUGAUAAAUUAUAUGGAAA